AUGAUGAGCUCUUACCAGUCGACCUCAUCAGAGGCCGACGAAGCCAAGCUCAAGGCAGCUACCACCACCACCAAGAAGCGAGCACGGUCAUCCAGUCAGAGAGGCCAGUCAAGCCAAGACGAGCACCUUCCCACUGCCAAGAAACCCUCCGUCACAAACACCACCACCACCACAACGACAGCCGCUUCCCCCUCCACCACUCAGCCUACACCCCCAGCACCAGGCGCAGACGGAGGAGUAUCACCAGAAGUAGCCCUCCGCAAAGAACAAAACCGUGCCGCCCAACGAGCCUUCCGGGACCGAAAAGAACGACACCUCCAACAGCUUGAGAACCUCAUCCAGGACCUCAAGGAUCAACAGUUUGUCCUCACGACCCGGUUCCAACGCGAAAUUCAGCAGCUCAAAGUUCAAAAUCAGGUCGUGGUUCAGGAGAACCAGUAUUUGAAGGAGGUUGUGUUUGCGUUCGAGUCGGCGUUGAAUUAUCGAGGGGAUAUAGAGGUGCUGCAGGAUGUUAAGCAAGGGUUGUAUCGGCGGUAUGUUGGGAAGCAGGUUCAACGGUUAGAGCAGGGAAGACGUUCAGGAACAGCCACAGUUGAGCCACAGGAACAACAGCGGCAACAGCAACAACAGCCACCGCCACCAUUGCCUUCUCUUUCGUUGGCGUCAUCAAGGUCCUCAUUAUCCCCAGCCCUCCAAGCUGCGACAAGCGUUGUCGGUGCUAUUCCUGGCUCGUCGACGACAGCCUCGACAAUACCAUCGCUCAGCGACAUCAUCAGCUCGGAGAGUCAGCCUCAAUUGCUCGCGGCACAGGUUCCUCAGGAGACGGGAACAGAAGCAGGAGCAAGAGCAAGAGCAGGAGAGCCUUUCUCAAGGGCAGGCACAAAUUCUCCUCAUCCUCUAGUCCCGUCUACGUCGCCAUCACCAUCGGUGCCACCAGCAUCUAAUCCCUCGGACUCUGGAACAACAGGAUCGGGAGCAACACCAACACCUUACUCUAUCAACCGAGAGAUCUUGUAUCGCGCACCAGCAUCUUUCCAAAUCUCGGAACUCAACAGCGCAGGCGAGGAUGUAUCACCACAAACCAUGAUUGGAGGCGGCCUCCUCGCAGCAGCAACAACAUCACUCUCAGGAGGAGGAAGAGUGGUGCCUCUGUCACCGUUUUUCCCUGCAGGAACACCCCUACCCAAGAUCACCGAGUAUACCAAGCAUCCGACGGUUUUUGAUGAGCUCCAGUCGUCACUCUUCCCGCCUGGAACCCUUCAGUCACUAGUUAGCGCCAAUAUGGCCUCUCCGCAGGAUGUUGUUAACGACAAGUUGUUUGAUCAGUUGGGCGACAAGGGCGAGGAUUCUACGGCAGCAUCGGGAAGUGCGACUACUAAUACGACAUUUAUGAUGACAACGAGCGACGGACAGGGAGCGAGAACGACGUUCUCUUCAAAAGUAUUUACACCACCAGAGACGACAUCCACAAAAUCAUCAAGGACAACAACUCAAACGCCGUUGACAAAGUCCGAGCUACUGCACACAACCCAUCGCCUCCAAAAGUCAUUCAAGGUCCUCGCCGCGGGGCCCCUCAAAGUGGACCCCAAGAUUGACCCACAGAUCUACCAGAUCCCCCACGAUGCCAGGAUCAACCUCGUCCCUUGCCCUAAACUGCGGGCACAGAUGAUUCUUCACCAGCACAAGUACAACAUGGACGAGGUGUUCCAGUUGUUGGUUGACAAGGCGAUCUGUCAUGGGUCCCCUUUACAUCCGAGUGAUUGGGAGUUGCCGGACGAGUUCUUUGAGCGGUUUGGGUUCUUGAUUGGGGUUGAUCUUGAGAAUCAGCGGCGGAAAGUCUGGCCGCGCCCACUCCCUCCUGACAUGGAGCAACAUUGA